CUCAUUUUAUUAUUUAUCUCUUUUUUUACCCUUUAUGUCCUGACAUUAAUAUGUAUAGUUUCCUUGUUUUCUACAUAUCAAGGUCUUAGAUUUACUUCUGAAAUCAUGGAAUGGAUCUUUCUAACUUCGUGUUUUACUAGAUGAUGAUGCAAUUCUUUUUCGAAUGAGAAAUUAGGUUUAUCACAAUUAUUCUUGUGGUUACCAAUAAUCCAAUGGAACUACCAAUUUUUAUGGGGUCUUUUUCCUUGUGAGUAUAUUUCUGGUUGAAGAAUACUCUUGCAUCUUUCCUAUUUGGAAUUUUAAUUGAUCUACUUGUAUGCCUUUUACUUGGCAAAUAGAUGGCCUGGUAUAAUCGAUAUGGUAGACAUUCCUUUGCAGCUAGAAUGUUGAUAGAUCAUUGGAUAUCCCAUGAGAUUUACAUUUCUACUGCAGUGGUUCUCCAUGACACGAAAGCAUGCUAUUAUUGUUAUGGCAGACAGCCUGUACUACACAAAGUUCAAGCUUCACUGCAGGCCAAACAUGGACGGACGUAAUUGCUAUGCAGACGAGCACUACUUCCCGACUCUUUUUAAUAUUAUUGAUCCUGCUGGGAUUGCAAAUUGGUCAGUGACACACGUUGACUGGUCUGAAGGAAAAUGGCAUCCCAAGGCAUACCGGGUGAAAGAUGUUUCUUAUGACCUCCUGAAGAACCUAUCGUCUAUAGAGGAAUCUGUACAUGUGACUAGUGAUGAAAAGAAGAAGGUGACAAUUAAACCUUGCUUAUGGAAUGGCUUGAAGCGACCCUGUUAUCUAUUUGCCAGAAAAUUUUAUCCGGAAACUCUGGAGAGCUUGAUGUACAUUUCCUCCAACUACACAUCAAUUUAAGCGUUCAAUUUCUACAUCUCAGAAAAUCUGGGGAGUUAUUCUUUGGCCGUACCUUGACUAUUAUGCAUUGGAUCUCGUACAUAAUUUAAAGUAGAUAAAACUAGGAGCGACAGAGUUCUGCUGUUUCUUAGUGAAGGUGAACUGCUGAUCAUGUAAGAUUUCACCUGACAGGGACCAGAGGAGGGCAUAGCAUAUUUGGGAUGGCAAGGUUCAGAGCUUGCUACCUUAUUUGCUUUAUUACCGUUGCUUAUUAAUGGAAUAAUCCUGAUAUAUAGACUGGAAAUUUUGGUUUUUGUUAUAAGCUUCAUAUUCAAGUGAAGUGUGAUUUUUGAGCUCAUCGAUAUGCUUUUUUGUUUUUUCUUUUUGCCUAAAUAACUUAUUGUGUGAGCUGUUGGCCUUUAUAACAAAUUCUCAAUUUU